AUGGCCAUCACAACACAGCCCAAAGCCGCCCCCACCAGGCUAUUGCUCGUUUCAAUCCCCCGCACGGCGUCUAAUCUUCUUCUACGAGUCUUAAACGUCCCCAAGCAGCCCAACCUGCUUACCACCCCCAAGGGUGGUUACUUCUUCUACUCAGCGUUCCUCGACUCUACCCAAAAUGGCAGUCUACAAAACCGACCCGCGGACCAGUGGACCGAGGAACAAAAGGACUCGGUAAAGAAGAGCUGCCAGACUUGCUUCGACGGUUUGGAAGAAUGGUCCUCGCGGGCCGAGCAAAACGAACAAGUGAUGUUCACCAAAGAACACGCCUAUUGGUUAUUCAGUCCAGCCACGUUCCUGAAGUCGACUACCGGCGAACAUGACGAGGAAUUCUUCAAGGCGUUCCGCAUUCAAACCCCCGAGAAAUACGGUAGCACCCAGACUUACUCUCCUUCGAACGAAACUAUGUUCUCAGACGAAUACCUCCGUACAUGGCAGAUGUUGUUCAUCAUCCGCCACCCAGCGCUCGCAUGGCCAUCCAUGUACCGCUCAAUGCAGAAGCUCGGAGACCAAGGGAUCAUUGACGAUGACGGCGUAAGAGGCACAUCAGUAACAAACAUGAGCAUGCGAUGGACUCGCUUGCUCUACGACUGGUGUCUUGAGCAGCCGGAUGUGCCUGUCGCCCCACCUGUCGUCGAUGCUCACGACCUGAUCCACAACCCGGAGGUUGUUCUUCAAAUCUGCGAGAAAACCGGACUUGACAAGAGCGUGGUGCAGUUUGAAUGGCCUGACAAGACCGAGAAGAAGUCCCAGUACUGGGCGUGUCAUAACCCCAACGCAGAUGAGAAUGAGGUCAAGUUGCAUCAGUCGGCUGCCGGGGUGAUGCUCUCGACACUGGAGAACUCUGCUGGAAUUGUCAAGGAUAAGGCUCCCAAGGCUAUUGACAUUGCGGCAGAGGCAGAGAAAUGGAAAGAAGAGUUUGGAGCAGACGUUGCCGACUUGAUCGAGAAAUGUGUGCGUGAUUCCAUGCCUGAUUAUGAGUACUUGAAGGCUCGACGAAUCACUCCGUGA